UUUAUACCACCUGAAAUAUGCAGCUUGCAGCGGCUGGAAGUAUUAAAGCUUCGAAAAAACGAAAUUGAACAUCUUCCAGAAGAAAUAGCAAGCCUUCAUCGGCUGCGUAAUUUGGAUCUUUCACACUGCAUGCUUCAAAGCCUUCCUCACAGAUUUUUUGAGCUACACAGAUUGGAAGAACUGGAUUUGUCCUACAACCUGAUUGCAGUGCUGGACAGUAUGCUUGGAAAACUCAAACACCUCACCUUCGUAAAUCUCGAAGGAAACGAUCUGAAAGGUAUUUGCCCUGGAAUUGUACGUCUUUCCUGCCAACAGUUGACAAAGCUACGUUUGGAUCUUAAUCCGAUGAUUCAUCCGUUGCCCGGCGAAAUAUCAUUUGCUGCUGGGCACGUUCAACGCCUGCAGACUCUUGCUGGAUUGGCGCUGAAUGCAUACGUUUCUGAUUUGAAACGCGCUUUAUCCUUAGAGAUGGACGGGUUGUGGAAACAGAAGGUGUUCACUACAGCGUUGACGGAUGAGAUUGAUGAUCUACAGUCAAUGCUUUCACGGAUGCAAAGUUGUGUAUACAAGAUGACAUGUGGAUCUUGUUGUUGGUGCUCUGGUGUUCGGCUUUGUGACGAAAUGCAAGUUCCUUGGCAAAAUGUGACGCUCGCUGGUUAUCGCUCCGUUCCUGUGAUUUUCAAUUGUUGUCGGCAGAGUUGUGCGGUCGCUGCAUCCAAAUGCACUCCGGAUGAUUUCGCCGCCAGAUUUUGCUCCACACUCAGCACUUAA